UAUUAUGUAUUCAAAAAAUCCCUAUACACGUUCUGCUUUCAAGCAACCAGAACCAAGUUAUUAUUAAUAUCCUUAAGAUGAUUAUUACUAUUAACCUCAACCACCCCCUUAUUAUUAAUAGCCUCCACCUCCUCCAUAUUAUGAAUAACCCUACCCAUCUUAUCAUUAAUAGCCUUAACCAUCAUUUUAUGAAUAACAAUAUCCAAAUUAUCAUGAUUAACCAUACCCUCCCUAUUAAACUUCAAUUCCAAGAAAAAGUUUCACAGAAUCUUCAUUAAAGCCCUAUUCCAAUUAUUAUGAGGGAGAUGGAAUGAUUACAGAUAUAGAAUAUUUAGACUUUCCUGCAGAUAAAACAUAUAAACGUACUCCUCUUAAUUAAAGAACUCAUAAUAAAAUAAUAAGCAAUAAAAAAUAAAGUAUUUAAACAAAUAAAUUCUAAAUAGUUAGGAAUCCUGUUACUAUUUUCUUUACUACAUUAUUAGAAUAAUUAAAUACUGAAAGAUCAUUAGAGCAACUUAAAAGGAAAUUAGUGAUUGCCGAAGAUUUUCAUGUUCCUAUUUUAUUUAGAGUAACUUUUGAUUUCAUUCUUAGUUAAUUGAUAGGAAUAAUACUUAAAAUAUUACAUUAGAAGAAUUGUAUUAAGGAUUCUAUGAUCUAGGCAUAAAAGUAGACUACAAUCAACUUUACUUAGUAUACACUAGAUUUUCAGAAUUGAAUAACAGAGAUAGAAUGUCACUCUAAGAAUUUGAACAGUUAUUUUUACCUCUUGGAUAGACUUCUAAACCAAAAAAGAAUGAGAAAUCAGUAAUAAAUUAUUUGAUUUAAAUUUUUAGUCACUAGGACCUUAAACACUAUCAAUAUUAAAUGAACUCAUAAAAUUAUAUUAAUUAAAUGAGCAAAGAUUUGAAAACUCUAGAGCUUUAUUGUAAAGAGAAGGAAUAGAUAUGUCAUAAAUAUAUUAAAUGAUUGAUACCAAUUAAUCUAGAAAUAUAGGAUUGAAUGAAUUUAUGAAUGCACUUAAUUCUUAUAGUGCAGUUAAGGUUGUACCAUCAGAAGCAGCAUUACUAUUUAUGAGAUUUGAUAGAACCAGAAAUGGAACCAUAUCUUUUAUGGAAUUUAAAAGAGAAAUGGAAAUAAAAUUGACAUGA